UUUAGUAGUUUUGCAUAGGCUACCUCAUAUAAAAUACUAAAUAUUUACAAGCUUACUCGAGCUCAAUACAUAAUAGCGGCCAGGUUACGUUACGUGCGCCCCACCCCCUUUUAGAAUCAUAGACUCGUCCGAUGACUCAUGCAACCAGUGGUGAGUGAAACGUCAAAUGGACAGCUCUUAAUCCGCACGCUGCGUUGCAGGUUGAAUUAAGAUUACAAUUAAUUAUACGUAUCUAAUUGUGUUAAGUGUGUGUGUAUGUCAUGUGAGUAUUUACGUGUGCUACAAACAAAUUGGAAAUGUCCGGUAAUAAAAAACCUUCGGGAGCAUUUCACCGCAAAAGGAAACUAGAGCGUUCUAAAGAAGAUGAGAAGCAAUCCAAAGUGUUGCAAAAGUUCUUGACAACUGCAUCAUCAAGUGAGAAAAUUGACAAUACUACAAAUAAGGUAACAAAACCCGAUGGAAACGAAAAGGAGAUAUUAUCUGAGAAUACUUCGCUUCUUCCUGAACCACCAGUUAUUGACAAAUCCGUUGAAGAACCGAAACCUGUAGAAAACGAAGUUGUAUCUCAUGAUCCCGGAAACUGGCCUGCUAACAUACCGACCUCUAUUAGCGACAUCAUCGUACAACGAGGACCUGAACAAGUAUUUGAUGUAGAAUUCCCGGUUAAUAAUCAAGGACGUCGUUUCAGCGUAAAUUCCUACCGUAGGCGCAUGGACAAUGGUGAAGAAAUUUCGCGUCCCUGGCUUGUAUACUCAAUAUGUAAAGACGCAAUUUUUUGUUUUUGCUGCAGACUAUUUGGUAAAACUCAUUCUUCGCCACUGACCUCUGAAAAUGGUUACUGUGAUUGGAAACACAUGUCAGGGCUCUUAUCUGAACACGAGGGAUCUCCAUCACAUAUGCAAGCAUUCCAGACUUGGAUGGACUGUUCAAUUAGGUUAAAGUCUAGUAAAACCAUUGAUGCGAAAAACCAGGAAAUGAUCAAACGUGAAGUGGAGCGGUGGAAAGAAGUUAUCAAGCGAAUAGUGAUUUUAAUAGAGUUUCUUGGAUCACAAAACCUGGCUUUUCGGGGAUCUUCGGACAAACUAAAUGAAAGGGGAAAUGGAAACUUUCUCAAACUUGUAGAGUUUGUUGGUAAAUUUGAUGUUGUUAUUGCAGAACACAUCAGGAAGAUUACUUCUAAAGAAACCUAUGUACACUAUUUAGGAAAGAACGUGCAAAAUGAAAUAAUUAAAAUGCUAGGUUCAAUGAUUCACGAUCACAUUUUAAGUGAUGUCCUUAAGUCUACGUACUAUUCUGUCAUUUUAGACUGUACACCUGAUGUAAGCCGAACAGAACAAAUGUCGCUAGUUGUUCGAUUUGUGCAAUGUGAGUCAGGAGAAGAACCCGAAAUUCAUGAACGUUUCUUGGGGUUCAUCCCAGUUGAAUCUACAACUGGAGAAGCUUUGACAGACGUCCUUUUAAACAAGCUUAAAGAUAUGAAACUGUCAUUGAAGAAUAUGCGGGGACAAGGGUAUGACAAUGGAUCAAACAUGAAAGGGAAAAACGCAGGAGUGCAGAACAGAAUUCUAACACUGAACCCUCGCGCAUUUUUCGUUCCUUGUAGUGCACACUCUUUAAACUUAGUAGUGAAUGACUCUGCUUUGUCCUGUAAUGAAGCUGUAGGAUUUUUCAUGAUUAUACAAGAAGUGUAUAACUAUUUUUCUGCUUCGACUCACCGAUGGUCGGUGUUGAAGAAACAUGUGACUUCCCUAACAGUCAAACCACUUAGCGAAACUAGAUGGGAGAGCCGUAUCGAUGCAGUCAUUCCUUUCCGCUAUCAGUUAGGAGAAAUCUUCGACGCUUUGUUUGAGUUGUCAACAGACUCAGCUAUUGACGCCUAUGGAAGAAAUGCUGCAUUAGGUCUAGCUCGGAAAGUGAAAAACUACAGAUUCAUCUGCAGCUUGAUAGUUUGGCAUGCUAUUCUUUCUAGAAUAAAUGUUAUCAGUAAGCAGUUGCAAAAAGAAGACUUCAGUAUUGCUAAUGCAAUUGAACUGAUAUCUAGUGCAAAGACCUAUUUUGACAAGAUGAGGACUGAGAAAGGAUUUGAAGAAGUUCUAGUUGAUGCCAGAGAAGUAUCAGAAACAGUUGACAUUGAAGCAUCUUUUCCUCCUGAACACCAAGUUCGAGCGAGAAAAAUCAAACGGCAGUUUGAUUAUGAAGCACCAGACGAGCCCAUAGUGGAUCCAAAAAAGGCUUUCAGAAGUAAUUUCUAUUACCACGUCCUGGAUUGUGCAAUAAAUUCCCUUGAAGAAAGGUUUACUCAGCUGUCCAACUACAAUGACGUCUUUGGUUUCUGCUACAACAUAAAGAAAGAGGACAAAAGCUUACUGCUAAAAAAGUGUGCCGACCUACAACUAGCUUUAACAGAUGGGGACCACCGAGACAUUAAGGGGCAUCAAAUGUACCAAGAACUGUUAGUAGUUCAAACCCUAUUGCCAGAAAACUGUGGCAGCAAGCCUAUGGACGUAUUGAAGUACUUAACGAAAAACAGGUUGUGUGAAAACUUUCCUAACCUGUGUAUUGCCCUCAGGAUAAUAUUAACUAUACCGGUAAGCGUAGCCUCGGGAGAAAGGAGUUUCUCCAAACUGAAGCUAAUCAAAAACUACCUAAGAUCUAACAUGUCCCAAGAACGACUAGUAGGACUGUCACUAAUGUCAAUCGAAUAUGACGUGUUACAAAAAAUAGAUAUAGACACUUUUAUUAAGGACUUUGCGGAAAAGAAAGCUCGAAAAGUUUCAUUCUAACUUUCAUUUAUCUCUGUCCGUGUCCGUAGGAUUAAGUUUGUUUAUGUAAAAUAAAAUUCUAUGUUGAAUUAUACAUUGUUUAUAAUAUCUUC